GGAGCAGAGGAGGGAAGGAAGGAGGAGGCAGAGAGGGAGGCAAGGAGGGAGAGCCUCCAGAGCCAGGGCCAGCAGCCCCCCCUGAGCUGAGGGGGCAGCCAGGUGGCCCUUUCCCUCCCUGCCUCUCUCCUCCUCCUCCUCCUCUGCCCAGGGAUGUGCCAUUGCCACUGCCAUGGCCAGGCGGCUUUUCGCAGCAGGAGGGGCCUGGCUCAGGAAGCCCUACUACUAUGGCCAGGUUCGCCUCUCUUAUAUGCGGAUGAAGUAUCUCUUCUUCUCUUGGCUAGGAGUAUUCAUUGGCAGCUGGAUUAUUUAUGUUCAGUACUCCUCUUACACAGAACUUUGCAGAGGACAGGACUGCAAGAAAAUAAUAUGUGAUAAGUAUAAGACUGGAGUUAUUGAUGGAUCCGCAUGUAGCAGCCUGUGUACAAGACAAACACUGUAUUUUGGAAAAUGCUUGUCAACCAAACCCAAUAAUCAGAUGUAUCUAGGAGCGUGGGGUAAUCUACAAGGUGUUAUAAAAUGCCAGAUGGAAGAAAUUGCUCACAUUGAUCUUAGAACUGAACUAGAACCAAGGAAGGAAACUAUUCUGUUUGAUAAACCAACUAGAGGAACUACUGUUCAGAAAUUCAAGGAGAUGGUCUAUGGCCUUUUUAAAGAAAAACUAGGUGAGCAAGGAAAUCUUCCCGAGCUGGUUAAUCUCAUCUUGUCCGUUGCUGAUGGGAACAAAGAUGGUCGAGUUUCUUUGCCAGAAGCGAAGUCAGCAUGGGCACUUCUUCAGCUGAAUGAAUUUCUGCUUAUGGUGAUUCUCCAGGAUAAAGAGCAUACACCCAAACUGUUGGGAUUUUGCGGGGAUCUGUAUGUGAUGGAGAAAGUCGAAUAUACCUCUCUCUUUGGAAUAAGCUUACCAUGGGUCAUAGAACUUUUUAUUCCCUCUGGUUUCAGAAGAAGCGUAGAUCAGUGGUUUACACCGUCAUGGCCUAGGAAGGCAAAAAUAGCCAUAGGGCUUCUAGAAUUUGUAGAAGACAUUUUCCAUGGACCAUAUGGGAAUUUUCUUAUGUGCGAUACGAGUGCCAAAAACUUGGGUUACAAUGAUAAAUAUGACUUAAAAAUGGUAGACAUGAGAAAAAUAGUGCCAGAAAAUAAUUUAAAAGACCUAAUUAAAGAUCGUCACUGUGAGUCUGAUCUGGAUUGUGUGUAUGGAUCGGACUGUAGAACUGUAUGUGACCAAAGCAAAAUGAAAUGUACUACAGACAUUAUUCAGCCAAACUUAGCCAAGGUGUGCCAGUUGCUUAAAGACUACUUGCUUCGUGGGGCUCCUCUGGAAAUACAUGAAGAGUUAGAAAAGCAACUGUACUCAUGCAUUGCCUUGAAAGUUUCAGCAAACCAGAUGGAAAUGGAGCAUUCCUUAAUACUCAACAACCUGAAAACUCUACUGUGGAAGAAAAUAUCUCAUACAAACGAUUCUUAGUUUCUUUGUCUCCCAAAACGCCGUUGCUGCUGUUGGAGUUGACCACUUUGUGUGAAAAGUAGCUUCAAGAUCUAAAAUAUUUUUAUUUAGCCUCCAUCUUUCGAACACUGCCAUCAGUGAUUUUUUUUUUCCAGUUGGAAAAUGAUGUUCUCUAAAUAUCUGCCUGGCAGAGACUACUGAAGUCUUAUGGCUGUAUAACACUCCCAUUUGGGAAAGAGUAUAGAUUGUGUUCUCCUCUUGCCCUUACACAAGUUAGGAUAGCUUGAGAAGGGCAUUUAGUAUCUGUGGGAACACAAUAAAUAUGAACAUAAUUUUCUGAGCCAAACUUGCACGUUCACAGAAAGCACUUGGUACACUCCCAGGACAUCAGUCCCAUUUUGGAAUGCAAGUGAGAGUUCGCGUUGGAGUACUUCAUUAUUUCAACAAAACUUUGCACAUGGAAAACCUAGUAUUUCAAAUCAAGAGUUAUAGGUUAGCCUUUUCCCUGUUGUGUUAGCAGGGUGUGCUUCAAAACAGGGUGUCCGCUUGAAGAGGAAGAGUACGAAAACAUCCCACCUGCAUUCAGAAUUAAUGGUUUGAAGAGGCCUAGUCUUUAAACACUGCUGUGCAAAGUUUCUCUUGUCUUCUUCCCCACACUUUCUUCUUUCUCUUGUCUCACCACUCCUCAUCAAAUAAGAAAAUAAGAUUGUGGUGUUUUAAAAAAUUUAUGUGAGGUUUGUUUUUUAAAUUGAAAGGAAUUUACAAAAAAUAAAAUUCUGAACACCCAUCAGUACUAGAAACUAGCAUGGUAAAAUCCAAGCUACUGUUUGUAAAUUAAAUGAAUAUUUGGGGGGGGGGAUUGUUUACUAACCCUAGCAUGGCAAAAUUUGCACAUUUAUUUUUAAGAAAGAAAAUCAGUGUGACAAUUCAGUAUGUUUUAAACUGGAAGGUUUUGGAACUACAACUUUUUGUUACAUUUUUACAUUUGUAUACACAUUUACCUCAUGCGUACACUGAAUGUUACUUAGUUUGCUGAAAAUUCCUAGUUCAAAGUAGAUAUUGUACCAUGCUAGCAGUGAAGGAGUUCAGUGAAGCAUGUUGCACUAACAUACAGUAGUAGCAAUAUUUAAAGACACAGAAGUAAAUGGAACAACUGCAUUCAUUUAGGUCUUAAUAUAAGCAAAUUUAAAACCAAAAGGCGAAGAAUUGGAUGGGGUGCUUAAGCUGAUGUUUGUACAUGGGCUGAGAUUCAUUAACUUUGAUGCAACUGUUAAUCCAGUUGCAGUUGCUGCUUGACCACAAAAUAUUUAAAACCAUAGAGCGCAAUCUGGCCAAAGUUAAGUACACCCAGUAGCCCAGUUCUAUGCAUGUUUAUUCUGUUGGACUAUGACUCUGGAGACCAGGGUUCAAGUCCCAGCUCAGCCAUGAAAACCCACUGGGUGACCUUGGGCAAGUCACAUGCUCUCAGCCUCAAGGGAAAGCAGUUGCAAACUACCUCUGAACAAAUCUUGUCAAGAAAACCACAUGAUAGGCUCACCAUUACACUUAAACAACUUGAAGGCACACAAGAACAAAUUUUCAGUAUCUCCUAGGUUGGUGUAGAAAUUCAGGCUCCAUUUUGAAUGAGGAUUUAAUUAUUGACAUUAAAGGGAAAAUAUGCGUAAUAUUAGCUGGAGCUUGUCCAGCUGUAUCCAUAAGCAAUUAAGCCAGCACUGUUGUAUCCAAGCCCAUUCAUUCAGGAGUCAAAGCAGCUCACUGUUCUGGCCUUCUAGAUCAUGUCAGUUGAUCAUGCAUCAACUUGAAAAAUUAGUUAUUUUCAAAGCUUAGCAGUAACCUGUCAUAGGAACAGUGUUGGCUGGCAUCUUGUACUGCAGUUAGAUUUGUAACCUAGUUACAGAUCCAUUACCUGCUCCACAUACUACCUAUUCAUGAUUGUGGAACUAUUGCCACAAUUGUAAAUGCUUCCAAAUCUCAUUUUCAGCUCCAUGGAGUCAUGCUGAACAGAGGUCUGUUCUGUUCUGUUGAUCAAGGUCAGCAGAAUGACAUUUCCAGCUUUUUCCCACCAGGACACAUGGCUGUGACAAUCAGCAGGACCUUGUUGCAAUUCCACCUUGCACUGCAUAUCAUUGCAGGAAGGGGGCUGCAGACACCUUGUGCCUUGAUCACCAGACCAGAUCGCCAUCAUUUGGAGCAGCUCUAGUAGAUUGGGGGAAUGGGGUCAGAUGAUGAUAGUUCGUUCUGCAUUCAUGAUGCAGAAUAUUUCCUAUGUUACUUUUGGAGACAAUUGCUAUAGUGUGCGGCGGCCCUAAAUUGAACCUACAACUUUUUUUCUUUUUUUGUGCAGAAUUUGUUCAGAGGGGUUUUUGCCUUCAUCUGAGGCUGAGAGUGUGUAACCUGCCCAAGGUCACCCAGAGGGUUAUCAUGGCCUUCCCGAGUCCAACAUUCGAAUCAGUCCACCAUGCUGGCUUUCAAGAGACUAAAAUGGUUCCUUUAAAAUUAGCACUAGGUAGAGGUGUUACUUUUUUUGUGUGUAACACAGGCCCAUUACUUGGUUUUUUGGGUGGGGAGUUGGGAGUUCUCCGAAGUUUAAGUCAGUUUUUUUAACCAUUUAAAUAUGGAUUUUUUUACAGCAGUGAAAAUUUAACAAAAGAAUUGAGUGAUGUAAUGCAGCGAGUUGAUUCUUUUACAAAGUAGUCUACUUGUAGGACUAUGUGGCAAGCUGGCUUUCAAAGCAAGAUUUGCCUUACGCUAGCAAGGCCUCGCUUUGUUCACAGAGGAGGAAAGUGAAGCAAGACAGUGGUAAGGUAUGUGUCUAAGAGCACUUUAAAGGACAAAAAUCUGUGGUAAUGUUCAGUAUAUAUUUCCUGUAUUUCCCAAGCAUAGCAGUAGUCUCCAGUUCUGCAAACGGCAACUGAUCACAAAUGGGUUGUCUUUACUGCAAGUUCAAUGCAGACCACUUUGUCUGCCCCAGUGAGCAUUUGUCAUUGCGUGGGAGUGCUUAUGUGAAACAUUGGUGCACAUUAUGAGUGACAGUAACUCACUUUCUCCAUCCUUCACCUGUACUUCACAAGAAAAAAGAUGAGGAAUAAGUCUUUUCUGUUUGCCUUGAUCUGGGUUUUUUAAAAUCCUGCUUCUUUGUAUAAAAAAGCCCUUUUUUCAGAUACAGUGGGCCCUUGAACAUGCACUUACAAAGCAAAAUUACCUUUGUUCCCUGUACCAUGUGUGAAGCAUAAAUAAUUUGCUCUAGGGUUUUUGCGCAUUUUUGCCUUGUGUAAAUAUUUUUACUAACAAUAUUCUUGCACAAUGUCUGCUUUGUUUUUAAAUUGACAGAUGCUCUUUUAUGAGACAGUAUUUAAUACUUUCAGUCACUAAACAGUCCUUGCUAGGCAUACCUAUGCCAGGUAAACCUGAAUGUCAGCAUCAUUACGGUCAUUGCUCCGUUGGGGGAAUAAUAUUGAGCCAAAUAUUUCUAGAUAUUUGAAAUAAUUUUGGAAUAACCUGUUCAGUGCAGUUUGUACUGUAUUUUAUUUUGAUUGCUGUUACACCAUCUUCAGGAGUUUUCAUUUUGAAUAUGAAUUGUUUACAAUAAAUUGGAACUAUUUCCCCUU